AUGCAACGUGCCAGUGCACCAUAUACCCUGACGGCGCUCGCAUCACAGGCGAUCCCUCCGCUGCCUACGGCCAAUGACUCGCCGGCCGCAUUGGGACGUACUGUGCGCUGCAUCGAUGUGCUGGACAAUCGGGCGUACAUUGCCACGAGCGAUGGCAUGCUGCAUACCUUUACAUGGACGUCGCCUGGUGAUGCAUGGCAGUUUGAGCAAAGUGUGACGCUCUCGAAAGCAGGCAAGCCUGUCGAGCGCAUGUUGGUCCUAGCGCUGGGCCACGAACGGCCGAUCCUAGCUGCGCUGUGUGAACAUACUCUGCAUUUCCUGGACGCGGCCACGCUGCAGCAUAUGACCUCCCUCUUCCCUCCCUUACGUGGCACUCUUCAAGUCGUGCUUGACGAUGCCAUCCCACGGUCAGGGCCAGAGGUGGAUCUGUGCAUUAUCAAACGCCAAUCGGUCUUUGUCGUGACACUCACAGUGCAUGGCUAUCACAAGGUCCAGGAAUGGCCAUUGCCUCGUGAUGUUUUUAUUGCGACGCGGUACAGGCACGUUAUGUGCUUCGCUACCUCGUCCGAGUAUGGCCUGAUUGAUCUUGCGACGGGUCAAGGGACCCCCGUCGGCCUCCCCAUCUCGCAAAGCACGACCAUAGGGUCUGCCCGCACGCGGCCCAGCAUUGCAGCCAUCCCAGCGCAGGUCGAUCAGCCUCCGUGCUUUCUGAUUACCUCGCAUUCCGAGUCGGGCACCCUAGGCGCGUUCCUCCAAUGGGACGGCGAGCCCACAGCGCAGUUGAUUGAGUGGCCAUCGCAUCCACGCACCGUCGUGGUCUCGUAUCCAUACGUAUGUGCCCUUCUUCGCGACGAUGUCAUACAUAUCCACCAAGCGCCAACGUGGCGUCAUGUCCAAACGAUCCCUGUGGACGCCUCGUUAGCGCCGCGCUUCCUUUGCACUGUAGCGCCAGUGUCGUCCCUCCUUCCUUCACGACCUGGCCUGCCUACGCAGCCUGUACCGGUAGGCGAUGGACCUUUCAAGCACCUUCCGCCCUCCUCCUGUGCCGCAUGGGCGCCUGUCUCUGUUCUAUUUGCCGGUAAACAGGCGGUGUAUGCGCUCUCGCUACAUACCCCUGGCAGUCAGGUACUGCUGCUUGCCCAUGCUGAGCAAUGGCGAGAAGCUGCACAGUGUCUGUCGCUGCCUACGCUGACCACCGACGAAGAACGGGCUGCGGCGUUGCUGGUGGGCUGGCACCACCUAUCUCAAGCGAGGUUCACAGCCGCUGUGCCUUGGCUCCUCCAUGGGCAUUUGGAUGUGCGUUGUUUGCUGGCCAUGGAUCCAGCCUCGCGGACCUCUACGUCGCACGCCCUUGUUCCGGCAUGCCUUGCUGGUGUAUGGCGUACGCUUCCCUCGUCUUGGGAUGCAUUGCUCGAUGCAAACCUUCGACGGAACUACGUGCCGGACCUUGCCAUGGACGACGACGUCUUGGUCACACUGCGCCAUCGGCUUGCGCAGCGUGCAAUGGCUAUGGUGGACGCUGUGCUAGCGGCAGCCCCGCCGUCAGAUCCGGCUGUGUCGACGGCGUACAUGACGCGUGCAUUGUUUCGCGAUGCUUGCGCCCCCGUUGACUCCUUCACGGCAUACUUAUCAGCUUGUGAUUGUGAGCAGAUUGCGCCGCUGUGUCGUGCGUACCGACGCUAUGCACUCCUAGCGCGAGCCUGCGAAGCACAAGGGCACCUGACGAAAGCCAUGUCGAUCACGCAGGACGUGAUCGAUGGCCAUCUCUCUGAUCCUGUAGAUACGCUUACAUUGGACGACGUAGUCCGCAUGGCGCCUGGUAUGCCGGCGGAUCAACGUGUCAAUGUGGGUGUAUGGCUCACAAAGCAUGCGCCUCAGCGUGGCUUAGAGUACCUCAUGACUGUGGACUUCCAUGGUAUUUCCUCUACACAGGCCCAUGCAGUCCUGCAGGCGAUGGAUGCCGAAGCGGCGCGACGACUACUCGAGCACAUGGUGCUUUCGAGCGAUGCACCGGAUCCCAUGCUGUAUACAGAGCUUGCCCAGCGGCUGCUGGCAGAGAGUCACGAGACGGAUCGUACGUCUCUCUUUCGACUCCCCACGACAGCGCCCUCGCUCGCCAAGGCUAUGCUGCUGGUAGAGUACUCGCCUGUGUUUGGCGAGGCGCAUCUUGAGACUUUCAGCACCUUUGCCUCUGUGCGUUCCGUUCUUCUUGGCAAGGCGGGACGACAUCACGAAGCACUGUCCACGUUGGCGGCGAUCUCGACAGAGCCUUCCUUGCACGAUCAGUUUUGCAUGUAUGGACGUGUAUGUGGCCCUGGCAUCGCGCGUGAUUGGGUAGCGACACCGGAUCUGGCGGCAUAUGCGCCUCUUCUCUCGGCUCACCGUAUUACCAAGCUCCCUUUCUCUGCCACGAGACAGUUACGACACGAUUUGUACAAAAUCUAUCUUCACGAUGCCAGACCUUCGGCCGUUGCCUGCGCUUCCUACCUGCUAAAUACGUACGCCGAUGACUUUGAUCUGGUAGACGAUGUCCUCCGGCCCUUGCCUGCGACGUGGGCCGUCCAGGACCUGGUCCCCUUCCUCGAGCGGUCUCUUCGCUCGCACGACCAUGCGCGUCGCUUCGCUGAAGUCGAAAAAGCGGUAGCUUUUCGUCUCCAAUUGCAAGCCUCCGCGUCGUAUCUACGCACAGCUCGCUCCCUUGGUGGCGUGCUGGUCGAGCGCGAGAGCAUGGAAUAG